AUUGAUUUUUCUUAAUUUUUACUUCUUCUUUUUCCCUUAUUUUUCUUUAAAAUCUCUAUAUAGCAUGUCAAAUUCAAUUGUUAAUUCUCCAAAUUCAACUUUUGAAACUGAAGAUACUAUUAAAUUAAAUAGUUCUAUCAUUAGUUCUUCAAAUCAGAAUAUUGAUCAAUUAUAUCAAUUUGAUCAAACUGGUUUACCUUUUCAACCUUUACCUCCUCCACCUAUUGGAUAUCAUCAACCUCAGCAUCAACCUCAGCAUCAACCUCAGCAUCAACCUCAGCAUCAACCUCAACCUCAUCAACACCAACAUCAGCAUCAACAUCAGCAUCAGCAUCAAGUACCUCCGGUACAAGUCCAACCACCGGUUGGAGAUUUAAAUGAUUUAUCAUUUAAUGACUUUAGUAUACAAAAUUCUUCACAAUACUCUAUUUUCUCUAAUCAAAAUGCCAUGAAUUCACUUAAUAGUUUCCAUAACGAUAAUCAUUUUCAAAAUUCGAUAAAUCCACCAAUUUUUAAAUUAAAUAUGGAUUCAUCAAGUGAUUUAAUUGAUAAUUCAACUAUAAAUAAUGAUUUAAUGUAUCAAAUUGGAGAAUUUGAUUUAGGUAAUCCUUCAUUUGAUUCAAUACCUGAUUCAAUAAAUCAAUCAACAAAUAAUGAUGAUUCAAUUUUAAAUCAAUUUCAAUCAACAAGUUUACCAACUUCAAAUUCUCAAUUUAAUGAUAUUAUAAAUAUACCUUAUACUCCAACAAUUAAUGAUUCAAAUUUAAGUGAUUCAAGUUUUACACCAAACUCUACAAUUAAUGAAGAUUUGAAUAUUAGAGCUCCAAUUCCAAUUAAAUAUAAUAAUCAACAACUUACAAAUCAAUCUUCAAAUCAAUCUUCAAUUACUCCUCCAAUUUAUUCAAAUAAUCAUAAAAUUUUGAAAAAACCUUCUUUAAAUCGUCUCAAUAAUUUACAAAAUAAAAAAAAUUUGGUUAUUCAAACUCAAUUAAGUAAUCUGUCAACUCCAGAAAUUGGUAUUAGUCCAUUAUGUAAUAAAUAUAAUGGUUUAGAUAUUAAUAAUCAAAGAAAUAUCAUGCCUCCUCUCAAUAUCUUUCGUCAUGAUUCUUCUCCUCAAUUCUUAAAAGAAAGAAAAAAUUAUCCUUCUCUUAAUGAAGUUGGUAAUAAAAGAAUUAUUAAUAAAAAAACUUCAAAAUCUUCUCUCAAUGAUGAAAGUCCUUCUUCUAAACCGAAAAAAUAUACUAGAAGAAGAUUAUUACCAAGACUGAAAAGUGGUUGUUGGAUUUGUCGUAUUAAACAUUUAAAAUGUGACGAAUUAAGACCAGUUUGUACUAGUUGCUUUAAAUUCGGUAUUGAUUGUGACUAUUCUUUAGAAAAACCUUUAUACGUCAUUGAUAAAAACUUAAGAAAAGAAAAAUUAGAAAACAUUUCAAUUAUCAGAAAGCAAAAACAAAACUUAAACAAAAAGAAGAAAGAUUUUUGA